UGGUGAGGGUGGGUGUUGCGGACAAGCCCCUGUGGAGGUCCUAGGAAAUGGAUGAGACUCUCACAACAUUCCUAGAUGGAGAGAAGGGGGGAUGGAGGACCUUCCCCUUUGUCACAGGAGGAGUCGUUGGGGUGGCGAUGGCGGCGUCUGGUGUGCUGUCCAACCUGCUGGUAUACCUGAUCCAGCAGUUCAACAUAAGGAGCAUCGAGGCCACCCAAAUCGUUAACGUCGUCAACGGGUGCACCAGCCUUUCCCCCAUCCUCGGAGCCAUCAUCGCCGACUCCUGCUUCGGCUGCUUCCCUGUUGCCUUCACCGCCUCCGUCGCCUGCUUGCUGGGAAUGCUUCUAUUCACGCUAACUGCAGCACUUCCCUCCUUGAGGCCACCUCCAUGCACCCAAACCGCCACCUGCCAAGGCCCAAAACCCGGCCAACUCGUGGUCCUAUACAUGGCCUCAGCCUUGAUGGCCACAGGAAUCGGUGGCACCCGGUUCAACCUGGCCACACUGGGGGCCAACCAGUUCGACAGCCCCAGAGAGCAGGGCACCUUCUUCAACUGGUACUUCGUGGCCCUCUACGUCUCGGCCAUCAUGGGCCAGGUUGGAAUAGUCUAUAUCCAGGAUAACUCGGGCUGGAAUUGCGGCUUUGGUUUGUGCGCCAUUAUUGUUGCCAUUUGUCUGUUCGCUUUCCUCCAAGGCAGGCGUUAUUAUCGGCACACCGAUCGCAAGGAGAAUCCGUUUGUGGGUUUGGUGAACGUGGUGGUCUUGGCAGUAGAGAGAAGAAAGAUGGGGGAGUCAUCUGACGACCAGUGUUAUUACUACAAGCUAGAGGAUGGAGAUACUAAGUUGGCACCACGAUCUCUGACUCCAGGUUUCAGAUUCCUUAAUCGUGCUGCACUAGUGGAGCCAAAAGCCGGCACUCCAACGGACGGCUCCACCUCUUGUCCCGGCCGUCCUCCAUGCACUGUGGACCAAGUGGAAGACCUCAAGUCCCUCCUCCGCCUCCUCCCCCUCGUCGCCGCCGCCCUCCCGGUGAGCACCAUCAUCUCCACCCACUCCACCCUCACCACCCUCCAGGCCCUCUCCGCCGACCGCCACCUCCUCCCUUCCGCCGCCGGCGGCCCUCUUCUCCCCGCCGGCUCCGUCACCGUCUUCGUCCUCACCGCCGCCGCCCUCUCCCUCCCCCUCCUCGACCGCGCCGUCUUCCCGGCCUGGCGCGCCCUCGCCCGCCGCCCGCCGUCGCCGCUCCACCGCAUCGCCGUCGGCCACGCCCUCAACGUCGUCGCCAUCGCCGGCUCGGCCCUGGUCGAGUCGAGCCGGCUCAGGGCGUUGCGGUCGGACCCCGCGCCCAUUUGGGUGAUGUGGCUCGUGCCGCCUUUGGUGCUCCUGGGCUUGGGCGAGGCGUUCCACUUCCCGGGCCAGGUGGCUCUCUACUACCAGGAGUUUCCCGAGACGCUGAAGAGCACGGCAACGGCUAUGUUUGCGUUAGCAUCCGGGUUUGGGUUCUAUUUGAGCUCGGGUUUGAUAGCUUUAGUUCAGAGGAUGACCAGCUGGUUGCAGGAUGAUGUGAACGAGUCGAGAUUGGACAACGUGUAUUGGAUGCUUGCUGGGGCUGGGCUCAUCAAUUUCGUGUACUUUUUAGUGUGUGUAAGCUUGUACAAGCAAAGAAGCUAGUAGAUUAGAUUGUUAGACCGUUUCUGAAUAUUAAUGUUAUAUGUUUAUUCUCCUCUUUUAAGGGGAGGCAAAUGUCUACGACUGCGAACAUCAUCAAUAC